UAUAAGGAUCUCCCUAUAUCUCUAUGAUCAUAGAGGUAUAAGAAUUCUUAUACCUCCAUGGGUAGUAUGUAGAAAAGCCGUGAUGGAGCAUAGACUAUAGAAGCCCUUUACAGGCCCGGGUCUCUCAUGACCACACUGUAGUUUAUUAUUUCGGUAGUGAGUUACAACUGGUCUGCAACAGAAUUAUUUUACUAGAAAUUAUUAGUAUUUGAAUCGUUAGGGUAGGUCUAUGACAAGUGAAGUCUUACUGAAAAAAAAAAAAACUUUUUAAAUUACUUAUAACAUGAUAUCGAAGACGGCUGUCAGUAUAGCUGUUGGUGUUGCUGGUUUAUUUGUUGGCUAUUGUUUUUAUUUUGAUCAAAAACGGCGAAGUGACCCAGAAUUCCGACAAAAAUUACGAGAACGUCGAAAAGCUAAAAAAAGCGCCCAAAAUGUUUCAUCAAAAAUUCCUAAUCUGAAGGAUCACGAAUUAGUCCAAAAAUUUUUCAUCCAAGAGGUGGAAAUGGGUGAGCAGUUACUUAGUUUUGGGGAUAUCGAAGGUGGUACAGAGCAUUUAGCUAACGCUGUAGCAGUAUGUGGCCAGCCUCAUCAACUGUUACAAGUACUACAAAAUUCAUUGCCUCCCCAAGUAUUUCAUCUUUUACUACAGAGGUUGUCGGCUAAUGGACAG